UUCCACACUUGAUCUCUCCCUUUCCACUUCUCAGUCCCCAAUAUUCCCAUUCUACCCCCACAAACUCUCUCCCCUCUCGCGACCACUACAGCCUACAUCCCUUCACCUUCGGAACGUGGUCCCUUUCUCUCUCCUCUUUUCUCCUCUUUCCACCUUUUCUCUAAGCUAAAAUGGAAUUUCCAGCUUAACUUACAGUACCACCGAAUAAAUAUUCACGCAAUCCUAGAUAUAAAUAGCGGAAGAUCUGGAUUUUGCUGUGGCUGCAAUAAUUGAAGUUCGUUAAUGGCGUCAGAAUCGCCGAAGAAGAGAGAGAAAAUGACGGCCAUUUCAACUGAAGAAGGUGAUGGUGGAGUUCAUGUUGAUGUUGUUGGAGGAACUAGUUUUGAUCACUCUGGAAGUAAUAGUAGCAACAAUGGCAACUCUUCUGGUGGCAGGAGUUUUUCUAGAGUGAAUACUUUACCUGCAGAGAAGUUAAAUUCUGGUAAACUAGAGCCUGAUUUGAUCAAUCCUAAGUUGGAAAGAUCAAAAACUGAGAGGCAACACCAUAAAAACAUACUUGCUUCAGAGGCGGCACAAAUCUUUGAUAACAAACUUCCAGUCCAGCAGAAGCUUAAAUUGUUGAACAGGAUUGCUACGGUAAAAGAUGAUGGAACUGUGGAGUUUGAAGUUCCAGGAGAUGUUGAACCUCACACUUUUGAUGGUGGACCAGCUGAUGUGUAUACUGAAUGUGCUGAUGAAGAGUCUCUUGAUGCGCCAGACCUUCAGUACAUUCCACCACUUCAAAUAGUAAUCCUAAUAGUUGGUACGCGAGGUGAUGUGCAGCCUUUCAUCGCUAUUGGGAAGAAGCUGCAGGAUUAUGGGCAUCGUGUUAGACUGGCAACUCAUGCUAACUUUAAGGAGUUUGUCUUGACUUCUGGACUGGAGUUCUUUCCUUUAGGCGGUGACCCAAAAGUUCUUGCCGAGUACAUGGUUAAGAAUAAAGGUUUCUUGCCUUCUGGGCCUUCGGAAAUACCUAUUCAGCGUAAUCAGAUGAAAGAAAUUAUAUACUCGUUACUCUCAGCCUGUAAAGAUCCUGACAUGGAUUCCAAUGUUCCAUUUAGAGCAGAUGCUAUCAUAGCCAAUCCCCCAGCUUAUGGGCAUACACAUGUGGCUGAAGCACUCAAAAUACCAGUUCACAUAUUCUUUACUAUGCCAUGGACGCCGACUAGUGAAUUUCCACAUCCCCUAUCACGUGUCAAGCAACCUGCCGGAUAUAGACUAUCUUAUCAAAUUGUUGACUCUUUGAUUUGGCUGGGAAUAAGAGAUAUGAUUAAUGAUGUCAGAAAGAAGAAGCUAAAAUUGCGUCCUGUAACGUACUUGAGUGGUUCACAAGGUUCAGAGUCUGAUAUUCCACAUGGAUAUAUAUGGAGCCCUCAUCUUGUUCCUAAACCUAAAGAUUGGGGACCCAAGGUUGAUGUUGUUGGAUUUUGCUUUCUUGACCUUGCUUCAAACUAUGAACCACCGAAGGCUCUUGUAGAUUGGCUUAAUGCUGGUCCAAAACCUAUUUAUGUUGGUUUUGGUAGUCUUCCUGUUCAAGAGCCACAGAAAAUGACUCAAAUAAUUGUUGAAGCGCUAGAAAUCACUGGACAGAGGGGCAUCAUUAACAAAGGCUGGGGUGGUCUGGGUGAAUUGGCAGAACCUAAGGAAUCUAUAUAUUUACUGGACAACUGUCCACAUGAUUGGCUAUUUCCACAUUGUGCGGCUGUGGUGCACCAUGGAGGUGCCGGGACAACAGCUGCAGGUCUCAAAGCUGCGUGCCCAACAAGUAUUGUACCAUUUUUUGGGGACCAACCUUUUUGGGGUGAUCGUGUGCAUGCUAGAGGCGUAGGUCCUGCACCAAUUCCAAUUGAUGAGUUCUCACUCGACAAGUUGGUUGAAGCCAUAAGAUAUAUGUUGGAUCCACAGGUGAAACAGAGGGCAGUUGAGCUUGCAAAGGCAAUGGAAAACGAAGAUGGGGUAACAGGAGCAGUCAAGGCUUUUUUUAAGCAUCUUCCUCGCAAGAAGGUUGACCCUGAUUCAACAACCACUGAGAUGUCUAGUUCAUUCUCGGUAAGCCGAUGCUUUGGUUGCGCUUGAGUCUCAGGUGAAUUUCUUUUGUUAGUAUACCUACUUGUCCAUGUAAGAAUAUUUGUCAGUGCCAUUUCUGGGAGAGGAGACAAAUUAUGUCUGGAUGUUGAGAAUGCCUGUUUAUAUAAGCUUUAUUAAUCAAGUUAUCGUGCUUUUCUUUUUCUUGUUUUUGGUUGAUCAUGUUCAAUCGCAUCUCAGCACAAGAGAAUGUUGCACCUUGUUUUUGUAGCUGGGUUCUAUUUAAUUAAUUUAUUUAUUUUUGGAUUGUGGUUUUCA